AUGAAUAAUAUUCCCUCGGCCCAGAUCUCGAGUAGCACCAUGAGCACUAGUCCAUCCACCUCCACCCUAUCCAUGCUCAUCAACCCAGCUGGCUCAUCUUCCCAACAGCAAAGACUAACAGCACCAAUAUCAGCACAAACUGCACCCACCUCCAUCUCAUCCUCCUUCCGAACCAACUCAUCCUCCUCACCACGAGACCUCGUCGGCAUCAAGCUCAGCAAGGUCAAGGCAACUGCAGCCCUCUUCGAGUCCCGCUCCAUCUCACUCCAAACCUCUCCCCGCUCACCACCAGCCCCAACCGAGCACUCACCCCGACUCUCCUUCCUUCUCAACCAACAGAGCAAUAAUAUAAGCACUACUACUACUACUACUACCAGCUCACCCGACUCCUCUUCACUCUCCUCUCCUCCCCCGAGUCAUCCGAACAACCAUCAUCCCCAUCCGACUUCCUCACUCAAACUCUCCGCCGGCCAUGUCAAUCAGAUCAAGAACCAGUUCCUGUCCACCCAUUCGAUCACAGACCUUCAGCGCAGACAUUCCUCCGACAGACCCUCUCAUCCUUCGGCUCACAAGAAAGUCUUCUCUCAUUAUCAUCCCGAGUAAGUCGUUGUUCUCUCUCUUUGAAAUCGUAAAGAUAAUCCCGGUUUACUACAUUAAACUGCAAGCGAUCCAUUUCAUCCACCCCAGUUAUCCAAUUUUCCUUCCCUUGAAGCAGUGCAGAUACCCUCCGCAGUCCUUUUAAAUAAUUCCGUACAUCUGUAAAUUGUUGUGUUAUUUGUGAGGCCGAGCUGUGCCCCAAGAUGGGCGUUCCAGAUCAUUCACUCUGCUGAUACGAAUUUAUGUACAGAUUUUUCUAAGACAUGUAGUUAUACAACCUUCU